GUCAGCUGACGGUCCCUGCACCGCGGCUGGUUGACAGCGCCGGGUGUGCGGACAGCAGGAGACUCGGAACGAGGGGAGUUCUGUAGAAAUCCUGCCAAAGAAGAUGAAGAAAAACAGAGAAAGAUUCUGCAACAGAGAGAGGGAAUUUGUGUAUGAAUUCAAAGUGGGAAGUCAGUGCUUAGAACUGAGGGUGCCUCUCAGAUUUCCUGUUCAAGAGAAUGCCAGUCAUUUACAUGGCCGUCUGCUGCUGCUGCACAAUUUACCAUGCUUUAUAGAAAAAGACUUAAAAGAAGCUCUGAGCCAGUUUAUCGAAGAAGAAUCCCUCAAAGAUUAUGACAGAGAUGCUGAAGCAGCCCUGGAAGCUGUGAAGUCCGGUGAAGUAGAUUUACAUCAGCUGUCAAGUACAUGGGCCAGAGCUUAUGCGGAGACCACAUUAGAGCAUGCAAGGCCCGAGGAGCCCAGCUGGGAUGAAGAUUUCGCAGAUGUGUACCAUGACCUAAUCCAUUCUCCUGCCUCUGAAACUCUCCUAAAUUUGGAACACAAUUACUUUGUUAGUAUCUCAGAACUGAUUGGCGAAAGAGAUGUGGAGCUGAAAAAAUUACGAGAGAGACAAGGCAUUGAAAUGGAAAAAGUGAUGCAGGAACUGGGAAAAUCACUGACAGAUCAAGAUGUAAAUUCACUGGCGGCUCAGCACUUCGAAUCCCAGCAGGACUUGGAAAAUAAAUGGUCCAAUGAAUUAAAACAGUCGACUGCCAUUCAAAAGCAAGAGUAUCAGGAAUGGGUGAUGAAACUUCAUCAAGACCUAAAAAACCCCAAAAACAGCUCUCUCAGUGAGGAAAUUAAAGUUCAACCAAGUCAGCUCAGAGAAUCCGCUGAAGCAAAUGGAAGGAUUUAUGAGGAACAGAGAAAGUUAGAAGAAAGUUUUACCAUUCACUUAGGAGCCCAGUUGAAGACCAUGCAUAACCUGAGGUUGCUGAGAGCAGAUAUGCUGGAUUUCUGUAAGCACAAGAGGAGCCACCGAAGUGGUGUGAAGCUCCACCGACUCCAGACAGCACUGUCGCUUUACUCCACGUCCCUCUGUGGCCUGGUGUUGCUAGUGGAUAACCGAAUCAAUUCAUACAGUGGUAUUAAAAGAGAUUUCGCCACAGUUUGCCAAGAAUGCACUGACUUUCAUUUUCCCCGAAUUGAAGAUCAGCUGGAGGUUGUCCAGCAGGUGGUACUUUAUGCCAGAACCCAGCGCAGGAGCAAGCUGAAAGAAUCACACGAUUCUGGAAACCGAGAUGGAGGAAGUGAUGAUAAGACUAAGAAUGCAGAUAGAAACUAUUUAAAUAUUUUACCUGGAGAAUUUUACAUUACUCGGCAUUCUAAUCUCUCAGAAAUACAUGUUGCUUUCCAUCUUUGUGUGGACGACAACGUGAAAUCGGGAAACAUCACUGCUCGGGACCCUGCCAUUAUGGGUCUCCGAAACAUACUCAAGGUUUGCUGCACCCAUGACAUCACAACAAUAAGUAUUCCUCUCCUGCUGGUGCAUGAUAUGUCAGAGGAAAUGACUAUACCGUGGUGCUUAAGGAGAGCAGAACUUGUGUUUAAGUGUGUCAAAGGUUUCAUGAUGGAAAUGGCUUCAUGGGACGGAGGAAUUUCUAGGACAGUGCAAUUUCUGGUACCACAGAGCAUUUCUGAAGAAAUGUUUUACCAACUUAGUAACAUGCUUCCCCAGAUCUUCCGAGUAUCAUCAACACUCACCCUGACAUCCAAGCACUAAACCCCCUAGAUUGAUAUCUGGCAGAAGAAGAUGCGUAAACUAUCCAGGAACUUGAGAUGUGCUGGGAUUCUGUCAAGCAAAAGAUGCCCAGAAAGAGGACUUGCCACCCAAGCCACGAAUCAAAUCAUGAUAAACAUCUGUUAAACGUUCCAAAAUCCACAUGCCGUACAGACUAGUGCUCAGCCCCUUACUUAUACAGUUAUUUUUUUUCACACACACACACUGUAUUUUAUUUUUACAAGAGAUAAAUAAACUGACACCAAGCAUUGUAAAUGGAUGACCACAACAAAAGCAACAAUGAUUGCAAUUACCAAACACAAAACACCCUCAUACUAUGUCAUAAUAUUGACAUUCAGUCCAGUAAUCCUCCACUGUAACAGCUCCUUUACUUUGCAGUGAAAAUUGAUUUGUAUAUUUUUUGCCUCUG